AUGCCAAAACACGAAUUUCUAACACCGAAGGCAAUUGCUAACCGGAUAAAAUCAAAAGGACUCCAAAAGUUGAAAUGGUAUUGUCAAAUGUGUCAAAAACAAUGUAGAGAUGAAAAUGGAUAUCAGUGUCACAUUCGUUCCGAAUCACAUCUUCGCCAAAUGGAUCUUCUAAAAGAGAAUCCAUCAAUGUAUAUGCAAGGAUAUUCGAAGCAAUUUCAUGAAGAUUUUGUCAAAUUGCUUUCUCGAAGAUGGGGUACCAAAAGAGUUCAUGCAAAUCUUGUCUAUCAAGAAUAUAUUUCUGAUAGGAAUCAUACACAUAUGAAUGGUACAAUAUGGGAGACAUUGACAGAUUACGUAAAAUAUCUUGGAAAAGAAGGCAUUUGUCAUGCUGAUGAAACACCCAAAGGAUGGUUUGUCAGUUGGAUUGAUAAUAGUCCAAAAGCAUUGGCUAGACAGGAAGCUAUUUUGAAAAAGGAACGAGCGGAAAGGGAUGAACAAGAAAGAACCAGAAAGUUAAUAGAAGAACAAAUCGAAAGAGCUAAAAAGGAAGCCGAGGAUUUGGGUUUAGAAGAGACGAAAUUCACUGAACUCAAAAGAGAUAACGAAGACGAUAAGAUAAAACUUAAUAUAUCUUCUACUACGUCUACUUCAACUUCUACAAGUAAAAUCGAUGUUUCUGUGGCUCCUCCUUCUACUACAAUAUCCAAUACCAAUACCAAUGGAUCUACUACAACGCAUACUAGCAUAUCUUUCAACAAACCUACGUCACAAAAAAUAUCUCUUAGUGCCUUAGUGAAAAAAUCCAAUUCGUUAUUAGCACAGAAAAAAGAUAAAGAAAAGGAAAAAGUAAAGGAUCAACCAAAGAAAGUAAGCGCAAUGGAACAAAUUAUAUUGGAUGAAAUGGAAAAAAAGAAAAGAUUAGAAAAUCUGAACGGAAAUAAGACAGAAUUUAAAAGAAAGGAAGAACAAAGGAAUAGAGAACGAGAUCAUAAAAAUCGAGAUGAUAAAGAUAAUAAUCGAAGAGAUUAUAGAGAAAGAGAUAGAAAUGAUAGAGAAAGAGGAGAAAGAGAUAGAAAUGAUAGAGAGAAGGAAAGAAAUUAUCGGGAAAAAGAUAGGGAAAAAGAUAGGGAAAAGGAUAGGGAAUACAGGGAAAGAAAUAGAGAUAGAAUAUAUGAACGUGAAUCAAAAAGAUUGCGUAGAGAUUAA